AUGGCUUUAGAAAAGUUGAGCAAAAAAUACAGAACAAGACAAGAAUUGCUCAAAGCUCUUACUCCCAGAACGCGGUCCAUCCAUCUAAGCUCCAGUGGUCACUCAAGCGGCAGUGCCAGUUCAGAUGCGGAGGUUUUGUAUCAUAUUAAGCAGAUUUUGUCAUUGGCGGCUAAUUCUUUAGAGCAACAACAACAGCCAUUUACAAUAAUCUUUCAAAACAAAACAAGAGGCGGUUCUAGUAAUUCCAACGUCCCUACAAGAUUAGACUUCCCUUUGAAUGGCCCACAUCUAUUCACUCACCGGUUUAGGCUGAAAAAAUGCUCAAUCCUAUUAAACUUAUUGAAAAUCGUUAUGGAAAAAUUACCCCUUGGUAAAAACACUACCGUAAGAGACAUUUUCUACUCCAAUGUGGAGCUAUUCCAGAGACAGGCAAAUGUUGUCCAGUGGCUAGAUAUCAUACGGUUUAACUUUAAUCUCUCCCCACGGAAAUCGUUAAAUAUCAUCCCAGCCCAGAAAGGUUUGAUUUAUUCACCAUUCCCAAUCUAUGUUCACGACAAAAUCAUGACGGGCAAAGAUGAGUUCCAGAUACAGAAGCAAACAGUUUCCCAUGGUAAGCCCUGUUUGAUUCCCUUUUUCCAAGAUGAUGCAAUAAUUGAACUAGAAACAACCAGCAACUGCAAUCUUGUUAUAGUAGAAAAGGAGGCCGUCUUCACCAAGUUAGUAAGUAAUUAUCACCGGUUAAAUGCGAAUACGGUGUUGAUUACCGGUAAGGGGUUCCCAGAUUUCCUGACAAGGUUGUUUCUGAAAAAACUGGAGCAAGAUUGCUCCAGUUUAAUCUCGAGCUGUUCCAUAUUCACCGACGCCGACCCUUAUGGAAUCAGCAUCGCUCUAAAUUAUAUUAACUCGAGUGCAAACGCCGCAUAUAAUUGUGCGAUGGUCGACUAUAGGGGUAUUUAUAUUACACAGGUCUUAGCGCAAAACAAUAGGUUAGGUAGCAAAGCCAUCCAAUUAUUGAACCUAAGUCAGCGCGAUUGCACAUUAGCCAAGAAUUUGAUAGUUUCCCUGACCGGAAACAACGAAGAAAUUGCAACAUCGCCAUUCAAAAACUUCAUUGUAGAGUGUCAGCGGGAGAUCUUUUUUCAUAAAAAAGCUGAAAUGAAUGAAAUCGAUGCCAGUAUUUUCCAGUUGCCGUGA